AUGCCUUUUGGUUUGAAAAAUGCGGGAGCUACAUACCAACGCCUCAUGGAUAAAAAAUUUUCAAGCCAAGUUGGAAGGAAUAUGGAAGUAUAUGUGGAUGAUAUGAUUGUUAAGUCCGCCAAGUCCAGUGACCACGACGAUGAUCUUAGGGAAGCAUUUGCUCAACUAAGAAAAUAUCGAAUGAAAUUAAAUCCCGAGAAAUGUUCAUUUGGGAUUCAAGGGGGAAAGUUUUUGGGAUUCAUGAUAACAUCAAGGGGGAUAGAGGUGAAUCCAGAUAAAGGCAAGGCGAUCUUGGAAAUGAAAAGCCCAACAAAUGUCAAGGAAGUACAACGAUUAACAGGACGCAUGGCGGCUUUAGCGCGUUUCUUGCCAAUGGCGGGCGAUAAAGCAGCUCCGUUCUUCACUUGUUUGAAAAAGAACUCGAAGUUUCAAUGGACCGAGGCAUGUGAACAAGCUUUUACUAAAUUGAAAGAAUCAUUAGCAACGUUACCGGUACUAUCCAAGCCCACACCCGGCGUUCCUUUGACGCUCUACUUGGCGGUCACGGAUAGGGCGGUCAGUACGGUGUUGCUUCAGGAAGAAGGGAAAAGGCAGAAGGUACUCCAGAAACCCGAUUUGUCAGGGCGAUUGGUCAGCUGGUCAGUCGAGUUGUCUGAAUAUGAUAUACAAUAUGAGCCAAGGGGCCAAGUUACAAUCCAAAGCUUGAUUGACUUUGUGGCGAAAUUAACACCCACAGAAGGCGAGAAAACUAAGGGAGAGUGGGUCCUGUCCGUUGAUGGAUCCUCCAACGACACGGGAAGUGGGGCAGGAAUAACUAUUGAAAGCCCGGAUAAGAUGGUCAUCGAGCAAUCUUUGAAAUUCGAGUUUAAGGCGAGCAACAACCAAUCAGAAUACGAGGCACUAAUCACCGGAUUGAGGCUUGCCAUUGAAUUAGGCGUCCAGAAAUUAUUCAUUAAAGGCGACUCACAGCUGGUUGUUAAACAGGUAAAAGGCGAAUAUCAAGUGAAGGACCCACAACUUUCUAAAUACCUGGAAGUGGUACAUAGAUUAAUGAUGGAGAUAGAGAAGAUCAGGAUAGAACAUGUUCCAAGAAGUCAAAAUGAAAGGGCUGACGUACUAGCAAAAUUGGCCAGUACGGGGCGAUUGGGCAACUAUCAAACAGUCAUCCAGGAAACCCUUCCUCGCCCCAGUAUUGACUUGGUGGAAGUUAAGUUAAAAGCAGUGAAGUCAGUGAUUGAAGGCGAGCCUUCAUGGAUGGAGCCAAUCAAGACUUUCCUCAAAAGUCCUCCGAAGGAUAAUGAUCUGAACACAAAAGAAAAGCGUAGGGAGGCUAGUUUUUACACGCUGAUAGACGGUGAGCUAUAUCGGCGGGGAAUUAUGUCUCCUAUGCUCAAAUGUGUUGACACAAGAGAUGCACUGGGAAUCAUGGCGGAAGUUCACGAAGGAGUAUGCUCUAGUCAUAUAGGUGGGUGA